AUUUCUUUAUCUUCAAGUCUGAUACAGUUCCACCGAGCAGUAGGCCCGCCCGCCGGUUGAAUAUUUAGAUUUUAAGCGACUUACCAUUUUCCCAUCUCCACGUCGACGGCAGGUGAAUCGGAGCUUCUGGAACCUAUUCACGCAAGUCGCCGCCGGCAUCGAUCAUAAUGCGCAUUAGAUUAGGUUGGUGUAUCCCGAGGUGUUUGAAGGCGGAGAAGGAAGCGGAUGACAAUCCGAAGCAGGAGGUGGAGGCGACGAAAGUCGCUGAGAAACAGAGUUCGUUUAAGUUUCAUUUCCAGAGGGUUUCGUUUUCGGAUUUGAGCUCUUCCACGCUUUCGGAGGACCUCUCCAUCUCCCUUGCCGGUUCGAAUCUCCACAUUUUCACGGUUCAAGAGCUCCGCCUCAUCACGCACAACUUUUCGUCCAGUAAUUUCCUCGGCCAGGGCGGAUUCGGCCAGGUCCACAAGGGCUUCGUUGACGAUAAGAUCCGACCCGGAUUGAGUGCUCAACCGGUUGCCGUUAAGCGCCUGGAUAUUGAUAACGGCACUCAAGGCCACCGAGAAUGGCUGACGGAAGUGAUUUGUCUUGGGCAAUUGAGGCAUCCGCAUCUGGUGAAGCUGAUCGGGUAUUGUUGCGAAGAGGAUCAGCGGCUUUUAGUCUAUGAAUACAUGCCCAGAGGCAGCUUGGAGAAUCAUCUCUUUAGAAGAUUUUCCGCGUCGCUUCCAUGGUCUGCCCGAAUGAAGAUCGCAAUGGGAGCAGCAAAGGGUCUUGCUUUCCUGCACGGGGCAGCAAAACCUAUCAUAUAUCGGGAUUUUAAGGCUUCAAAUAUUUUGCUUGACUCUGUAAGUGGCAAUAUUUUUGAAAAUUCCAAUCUAUAGAAAUUAAUCCGCAGUCAGUACCACUCGGCCGGCAGCUGUAUAUCUAAAGAUGUGUUUUUAUUGUAUUGAUUUCAAUAUCAACCGGACCAGAUCAUAUCAAAUCGGUUUUCCUCAAUAGUAUAUACGGAGUAAUACACAUAAAAUAGACAUUUACCAUGUCAAUUCAGAUCAUACCAGAUCAAACUUAAACAAACAAUGUAAUUAAAAGAGAUUGGUAUGGUUGUAAACGCAUAAAAAAAGUAGGAUGUGCUAUAAAAAAGUGUAAAAUGAUAAACAUUGAAACAAAUUAAAAAGUUCUUAAAACUUGAAAUUGCGCAAAUACGGAGUAAUAAAGAACUUUCUUAAAAGGAAUACAAAACAAAUAUAAAAUCACUCGGGGAGUAUCAUUUCAGCCUGGUUUGAUACUACAAUAAUCCAAAUGAACAAGUCUUACCUCUUUUGGGUUGGGUUAGGCUCAGCAAUAUUAUCAACACUUGCUACAAUCCAACCCUUCAAUAGCUAAUCAAUUUUCGUUACAUUUUGCGCGCAGGACUACAGUGCCAAGCUGUCCGAUUUUGGAUUAGCGAAGGACGGACCGGAAGGGGACGACACACACGUCACCACACGAGUGAUGGGCACGCAUGGGUACGCAGCCCCAGAAUACAUAAUGACGGGGCAUUUGACCGCCGCCAGUGACGUGUACAGUUUCGGUGUAGUGCUGUUGGAAAUUUUGACUGGUCGAAAGUCAAUAGACAAGAGCAGGCCAUCGAGAGAACAGAACUUAGUGGAUUGGGCAAGGUUUCAUUUGAAAGAUUCACGGAAGCUUCGCCGUAUAUUGGACCCCAGGCUUGAAGGAAUGUAUUGUGAAGAUGGGGCACAUAAAGCGGCUGCUCUGGCAUAUCAAUGCCUAAGCGAGCGGCCAAGGCAUAGGCCAACAAUGAGUGAAGUGGUUCAGGUUUUGGAACCUUUGAAGGAUUACAAGGAUGUUUCAAAUGUAACAUUUGUAUAUGUAGCUCCUUCAACUGAGAAAGAACCACCGAAACUGAGUAAAAAAGAAGUGACUGAGCAAAAGCAGGUGGAAAAAGGAGACAGUGAGCAAAAGCAUAGCACCAGAAGUGCCAAGUCUAGAACAAUUCACUCAGAAGCUGAUCUAGUGAAGAGAGCUUAAAUUGAAAUUACUGUUAGAACCAAAAUGUAUAUAGAAACUUGUCUAUAAUUGCUUCAUUUUUUGUUUGCUCUAGCGAUAGGUUCAACCCGGAUAUAUAGUACACAAGAAAGCCUUGGAGCAAAAGUGCCAAUAACAUGUUGUUUCAUGCUUUUUUAUAGUUCAUGAUUUGUUCUUUUUAUCUUUUUCACUUCAAUUAGGGGAAAAUACAAAGUGAUGUAUUCAAUUUGGCUAAUAUGAUAUAGUAUCUCUGUAUAUGAAGUGUUUAUGACAUUUAAUUUGGCUAAUUACCU